AUGGCCACCACAACCCUCUACCACCUCCUCCUAACAACACACAACCUCCCCAGCUCACAAAACCCCCUCAACAAAGUCGAAAAGAUCCGCGCCCCCGGAAUCUACACUUCCCUGACCCAAGCCCAAGCCGCCGCGCACCGCGCCCUCUUCGACCUGGGACUCGAGCGCGACUUCUUCACCGUCUACGAAGUGCGCGAGGAGGAAUUCGCGCAGCACCCCUCGCUGGGCAAAGGGCCGGACGCGAUUGCCGACAAGGCGGGAUUGGCGGUGCACGCGGUGGCGCGGGACGGGAGUGUAUGGCAGGUGCGCGUUGCUGCGACUCCGGUCGAGCAUGCGAAAGCGAAAGGGUGGGAGGCGAGUUGGGAGGACGGGCGGGUCGGUGGCGGGGACGCGUAUCUGGUGGUGAGGACGAAAGUCAGAGGCGAGGAGGAGCGGGGUGGCGUGAGGGAGCAUGUGGUGCUGGGGGCGACGAGGACGCUGGGGGAGGCGAGGAGGGUCGCGGCCGAGGCGGUGCAGGCGUUGAAGCAGGAGGGCAAGUUUGAGGUGGCUGAGAUGGAUGAUGGGGAGGAGUUGGGCGAGAGUACCGUCGGGCAUGCGGUGGGGAAUGAUGGGGAGAAUGUCUUUGUCAGUGUGGUCAAGGUGGUGGAGCUGGAGGCGGUGCGCGUUGGGGAGGCGAGUAUGCGGAUUCGCUGA